AUUGUUGGAAUGAGUCAGGUUAAUAAGGAUAUAAAUAUAGAAAAUAUUGAUGAGAUCAUUAUGGAUAUAAUAUCGAUUUUGUUUAUUUCCAUACUUAAACCAUAAAAGAAAUAAUCAAUUCUUUCUGAAAUAAGUGAAUUAAAAUAAAAUAUAAAAUCAAAGGAGUUUAUUAAUCUUUAGAGUUUAAUUAAUCCCAAAAUAGAAAUCGUGGUUUUAAUAAAGAAUGAAUUUAUUAUCUGA